GAUCCUGUUUUCUUUCAUAUAUUGUAAAGUGCCGCAGUUGCCAAGAAAUAAUUGAAGUAACGGAAAAUUGAUCAAUAACGGGCUCAUAGAAGCUUUCUAUUUACAUAUUCCAUCAUGGCGAUAGAUUUGAAAGAAAGAAGCCGUUCUUCAUUGAUACCAGAUGUAUGAUAUUAUCUGAUGCACCAUUUUCUUUUAUCUAUUGUAAAACGCUGCAGUUACCGAGAAGUACAGGGAAAUGGACCCGGAUCAAGGAUUUGGACAUGUCCAGAAAGUAUUAGAAAUGUUCAUUUUGACAAAGAGGACAUCUGGAAAAAAAAUGACAGCUUUCCAUAUGGUUUAAGUUGGGUUUAUCGAUAUAUUUUGUUUUAAUAACUUUAACCCCAUUGGUCAGGCAAGUUUCAGUUCUUAAGGAAAGUUGACUUUGCUUCAGUUUGAAGCUUUCUUAGAGUGACGAUACUGUCCCUUGACCAGAAUAAUCAUAAUGGAAUUCUUCGGUAAACAGUUACAAUUUCGCAAAGUCACUAAUUUGAUGAAAAAAGGGAAUAAAAAUGACAAUGCAAAACUUGAUAAAGGUGACGCAGUGAAAAGAAAUAAUAAUAGCGCAGCACAGUUUGAAUCAGAAUUGAAAGAAAGCGGUAAUUUAUUAGAAGAAAUUCAACAACUGAACUGGAAGAAACAUCAACACAAACCCACAAAUUUGCACUGUUCGGUUUGUUUUCUUGACAUUGCAACUAGAGAAACCUUUUCCCAAAUUGAAUGUGGACAUGCAUUUCAUUAUUGGUGCAUUAAAACGUGGUUGAAUCAGCAUUCUACAUGUCCAGUCUGCAGAAAGGCAGUUAAAAUGUUAUGCAUAUACUCAAAAGUGAUUAAAGAUUACUUAAAAUUAACUUACUGUUAAUCAUUAUUCAUUUACUCUGCAUUCAUG